AUGUUCCUCUCCCGCAUCGUACUUCGCGACUUGGACUCCAUCGACUCCCCGGCCUCCAUGGCGUCCUCGAAGAAGGUUGUGACCCGUGACGAGUGGGAGCGGAAGCUCCGCGACGUCAAGAUACGCAAGGAGGAUAUGAACCGCCUCGUCAUGAACUUUCUCGUCACCGAGGGCUUCGUUGACGCCGCCGACAAGUUCCGCAUCGAGUCCGGCACCCAGCCGGAGAUUGACCUAGCGACCAUCACGGAUCGAAUGGAGGUUAAGAGAGCAGUACAGUCGGGUAAUGUUCAGGAGGCGAUCGAGAAAAUCAACGAUCUUAACCCCACGAUUCUGGACACGAAUCCCCAACUAUACUUCCAUCUCCAGCAACAGAAACUAAUAGAAUUGAUUCGCGCGGGAAAAAUAAAUGAAGCUUUGGAGUUUGCUCAAGAAGAACUUGCACCGAGAGGCGAAGAAAAUCAAACGUUUCUUGAAGAGAUAGAAAAAACCGUAGCACUACUGGUUUUUGAAGAUGUAAAAAAUUGCCCUUAUGGGGAACUAUUGGAUGUUUCUCAACGUUUGAAGACUGCAAGUGAAGUUAAUGCUGCUAUUCUUACAAGCCAAAGUCAUGAGAAAGAUCCGAAGCUUCCAAGCUUGUUAAAGAUGUUGAAGUGGACACAAAAUCAACUGGACGAAAAGGCGGCAUAUCCACGAAUCAACGACUUCACCACUGCAGCACUGGAAGAUCCAUCGAUAUGA